GCGCCCGAGCAGAGAGAGCCUGACUCUGCAGCUAUACGAGCUCAGACUCCCUCUCCUCCCUCCUUUCUCUUACCUUCCUCGUGAGACAUCACCGCCGUCUCGGUACGUGGCAGCAACCAACCGUUCGCUUCUCUCUCCUGGAGCGUCGCGCGGGGCCCGGCGGGGGACCGUACGUACCUGUGCGCGAAGACGGGGACGGUGGCGGAGUUCGAGAUGGAGGCGGCGCCGAUGCGAAAGGCGUCGUCGCAGGCGUCGCUGGCGGACCCAGACGACUUCGACCUGACGCGCCUGCUGAACCACAAGCCGCGGAUCAACGUGGACAGGCAGCGGUCGUUCGACGACCGCUCCCUCGGCGAGAUAUCGCUCGCCGGCGCGGGCACGGCCAGCCGCGGUGGCUGGGGCUACGGCGGCGGGGGGAUGGAGAGCUACGAGAGCAUGUACUCCCCCGGCGGCGGGCUGCGGUCCUACUGCGGCACGCCGGCCUCGUCCACGCGGCUCUCGUUCGAGCCCCACCCGCUCAUCGGCGAGGCCUGGGACGCGCUGCGCCGCUCCAUGGUGUCCUUCCGCGGCCAGCCGCUCGGCACCAUCGCCGCCGUCGACCACUCCUCCGGCGAAGUGCUCAACUACGACCAGGUGUUCGUUAGGGACUUCGUCCCGAGCGCGUUGGCGUUCCUGAUGAACGGGGAGCCGGAGAUCGUUCGGAACUUCCUGCUGAAGACGCUGCUGCUGCAGGGGUGGGAGAAGCGGAUCGACCGCUUCAAGCUCGGCGAGGGCGCCAUGCCGGCGAGCUUCAAGGUGCUCAAGGACCCGAAGCGCGGCGUCGACAAGCUGGUGGCCGACUUCGGGGAGAGCGCCAUCGGCCGCGUGGCGCCGGUGGAUUCCGGGUUCUGGUGGAUCAUCAUCCUGAGGGCCUACACCAAGUCCACCGGCGACAUGACCCUCGCCGAGACGCCCAUGUGCCAGAAGGGCAUCCGGCUCAUCAUGAACCAGUGCCUCGCCGAGGGCUUCGACACCUUCCCCACCCUGCUCUGCGCCGACGGCUGCUGCAUGAUCGAUCGCAGGAUGGGUGUGUAUGGGUACCCGAUCGAGAUCCAGGCCCUGUUCUUCAUGGCGCUGCGGUGCGCGCUCCUCAUGCUGAAGCCGGAUGCGGAGGGGAAGGAGAUCAUGGAGCGGAUCGUGACGCGGCUGACGGCGCUGAGCUACCACAUGCGGAGCUACUUCUGGCUGGACUUCCAGCAGCUCAACGACAUCUACAGGUUCAAGACGGAGGAGUACUCGCACACGGCCGUCAACAAGUUCAACGUGAACCCGGAGUCCAUCCCGGACUGGCUCUUCGACUUCAUGCCCACCCGCGGCGGCUACUUCGUCGGCAACGUCAGCCCCGCCCGGAUGGACUUCCGCUGGUUCGCGCUCGGCAACUGCGUCGCCAUCCUCGCCUCGCUCGCCACGCCCGACCAGGCCGCCGCCAUCAUGGACCUCAUCGAGGAGCGCUGGGAGGACCUCGUCGGCGAGAUGCCCGUCAAGAUAUGCUACCCGGCCAUCGAGGGGCACGAGUGGCAGAUAGUCACGGGCUGCGACCCCAAGAACACAAGAUGGAGCUACCACAACGGGGGAUCUUGGCCAGUGCUGCUGUGGCUGCUCACCGCGGCAUGCAUCAAGACCGGGAGGCUGAAGAUCGCUCGGCGCGCGAUCGACCUAGCCGAGGCGAGGCUCGCGAGGGACGGCUGGCCAGAGUACUACGACGGCAAGCUGGGUCGCUACAUCGGCAAGCAGGCGAGGAAGCUCCAGACGUGGUCCAUCGCGGGGUACCUAGUGGCCAAGAUGAUGGUGGAGGAUCCGUCCCACCUCGGCAUGAUCUCCCUGGAGGAGGAGAAGCCGACCAAGCCGGUGCUCAGGAGGUCGGCCUCUUGGACAGGGUAAGGUAGUGGCGGCCACAAAGACGGCAGCAGGACCCGAGUUCUGGUUCUUUGAGCUAACAUCUCGAAUUUCUCUGCAACUUCUUGCUUUACGGCUGGGGAAGUAGGCGUGUCCAAUGUUUUGGUGGGUCUUCCAUGUAUGAAUCUUUAUACGUCCCGUCGGUGAAAUAAGGAA